CCACCUAACUUUUUUUUUUUCGUCUUUUGCCCGUCUCCUCAUGUCACCCUGCUCUCUGUGCGCCGUGGUAACGCUGAUGUGAGAGCUAGAUUGGUUACCACAUGGCUUUUAUCCAAGUAGAGGCGCUUGAGAGUAGACCGCUUGGAGAGUGGGAGCGCAGUCGCAGGUUAUCCAUCGCCUGAUGCAAGAUCUACCGUCGCUCUGCUGCGUCUGGGAUCUUCUUUUAUAUAGACGAGAGACUUCACGAAACCACUUCACUCAGCGCGGAUCCAGAUUGUUCUCUUUUUCCUCUUUUGCCCCCUCUCUCCUGUUUUUUUCUCACCCCCUGACCAGGCUAAAGCACCCUGUGUUUUGUAAAGGCAAUUGUUGGUGCGCAUCAUCGCGGGAGCCAAAAGGAGCUUUCACUGUUCCAUAGGAGACUGCGGGCUGCUGGAGCGUCAUGACAGCUGAGAAGAGCGGGCCCGUUAUAAACGGUAAACCAGAGGAAGGCAGAGACCCCGAAGGGUCCAGCUCCAGUCUAGACAACGGGGAGUACAAUGAGAGGGGCCACUGGAACAACAAGAUUGAGUUUGUCCUGUCUGUGGCUGGAGAGAUCAUUGGGCUGGGCAACGUCUGGAGGUUUCCCUACCUCUGCUACAAGAAUGGAGGAGGUGCAUUCUUUGUCCCAUAUGUCAUCUUCUUCGUGUGCUGCGGUAUCCCUGUGUUCUUCCUGGAGACUGCACUGGGUCAGUUUACCAGUGAGGGAGGCAUCACCUGUUGGAGGAAAGUCUGCCCGCUAUUUGAGGGUAUCGGCUACGCAACGCAGGUGAUUGAAGCUCAUCUAAACGUGUACUAUGUAGUGAUCCUUGCCUGGGCCAUUUUCUACCUCUUCAACUGCUUCACCACUGAGCUGCCGUGGGCUGGCUGUGGGCACUAUUGGAAUACAGAGAACUGUGUUGACUUCUAUGGAGAAAAUGCCACCAACAUUACAAACCCCAAUGCAACUUCACCAGUGAUUGAGUUCUGGGAACGAAGAGUACUGAAGAUAUCAGAUGGUAUUGAGCACAUGGGAGGAAUGCGCUGGGAGCUGGCCAUGUGUCUGGCCCUGGCCUGGUUCAUCUGCUACUUCUGCAUCUGGAAGGGACCCAAGUCAACUGGCAAGGUUGUGUAUGUGACAGCUACAUUUCCUUAUGUGAUGUUACUGAUCCUCCUCAUCAGAGGAGUGACGUUGCCAGGAGCAUAUGACGGCAUCAAGUUCUACCUCUACCCCGACAUUUCACGUCUCUCUGACCCUCAGGUGUGGGUGGAUGCAGGAACCCAAAUCUUCUUCUCUUAUGCCAUCUGUCUGGGCUGUCUCACAGCUCUUGGAAGUUACAAUGCCUACAACAAUAACUGCUACAGGGACUGCAUCAUGUUGUGCUGUCUGAACAGUGGGACCAGCUUUGUAGCAGGUUUUGCUAUUUUCUCUGUGCUGGGCUUUAUGGCCUACGAACAAAAUGUUCCCAUCGAGGCCGUGGCAGAAUCUGGUCCUGGCCUGGCGUUCAUUGCAUACCCCAAGGCUGUUACUAUGAUGCCUCUGUCCCCACUUUGGGCCUGUCUCUUCUUCAUGAUGCUCAUCUUCCUCGGUCUGGACAGCCAGUUUGUGUGUGUGGAGAGUUUAGUGACAGCUGUGGUAGACAUGUACCCAGAGACCUUCAGGAGAGGCUACCGCAGAGAGCUGCUCAUUCUGGGCAUGUCUGUAGUCUCCUUCCUCAUAGGACUUAUCAUGUGUACAGAGGGUGGCAUGUAUGUCUUCCAGCUGUUUGACUCAUAUGCUGCCAGCGGGAUGUGUUUGCUGUUUGUGGCUAUAUUUGAGUCCAUAUGUAUCGGCUGGGUGUAUGGUAGUGACAGAUUCUACCUAAAUAUCGAGGACAUGAUUGGCUACAAACCCGUCUUCUUCAUCAAGUGGUGCUGGAUGAUCCUGACCCCGGGCAUCUGUGCUGGAAUUUUUCUGUUUUUCCUGAUUAAAUACAAACCACUGAAGUACAACAACGUGUACACCUACCCUGACUGGGGCUAUGGUAUCGGCUGGUUCAUGGCCUUGUCCUCGAUGGUCUGCAUCCCUCUGGGGAUUAUCUGGAUGAUCUGGAAGACUCCUGGUACUUUCUCUGAGAGAAUGAAGAAGCUGACGACUCCCAGCAAAGACCUGAAAAUGAGAGGGAAACUGGCCGCUCUGAGUCCUUACGCUGCCAACGAUGCAAAACUUAAGGUUGAUGGGAAAAUAUCCACCAUCUCAGAAAAGGAGACGCAUUUCUAACCAACUGCCUGACUGACCGACCAAGCUCCCUGCCGUCUUCACAAUAAGGCUACCCAACAAAAAGUACAGCACACAACAACAUUAUACACCACCACACAAAACAGGAAAUGAAACGAUGACUAGGAGUGUUAUUUUUGUUUUGUAAAAAAAAAAAGGAAAAAAAAUGAAAAGUUAUCAUGAAUAUGUAGUCUGCUUCUGUUUUGCACAAACUUUGAUAACACAUUUGUUGUUUUCAGUUAACAUUGUGACUAAAGCGGCUGUUUCUUUCUUUUCUAACCAUUAAUAUUUUAAAAUCAGUUUGAUGACACAAGCUAUGCUUAAAACUUAUUGUGGUACCAUGUCAGUACUGGUCGCACUCACGUCUGGGCCUUUAGAGCAAUACCUAUGUGUUGUGUUGCAAAAGGCUUACAUUGUACAUUUAGUGGCAAACUGCUGUGCCUCUCUAUUAGGUACUUGGUACCCAAUCGUGACUAUCUAAGAUGUAGCAGCUUGGGGACCAUUCUACAUAGUUUUGUCUAUUAAGAGAAGAUACCGCAGUAUGUAUUAGUACUGAGUCCAUAGGAGGGCAUACCCUGAGUACUCCUGCAAGUAAAACUUUGAGUUGUAUAUAAAAAGUUGUGCCAUUGAAAUCUUGGAUGUCACGUGAAUUAGCUGUAACUGUGAGGGCUGUGGAACGAUUUUUAGGCCUUCCGUGAUUGUUAUUUACUUGAAUUCAAUGUUGUUGCUUAGUAACAGAUACAAAAACUCAGCCUAUUGGUUGUUACUGAAUGACAUUAUUAGGUUAUUGAUCGUGUUGGGAUAUAUUGGAUCCUUGAGGGCUUUGCUGAUUUCCAUAUCACCGGUCUUUCUAAAUAGAUGUCUCUGCUCUGUGGCUAAUAUUGAAGUGCAAAUGGGUAGAGGUCCAGAGUGUAAACACUCUAUUAAACCCCUCAGCUUUAGAAUACUUUAAUUUCCAUUUCUAGUUUUGAGCUACAGAUCAUCAAAUGGCUACAAAUAGCAGUGAGUGACUCGCAGGCUGAGUCUAAAAACACACCUCUGUCUCUUGUCUCGCUGCCCCCCUAUAAGUCAUGGGUAUCUGUCAUUUCACAGUAAUUAUGCUGAGCCUAACGCAGAGUGACAGACAGAUGUGCUUCCACCCCUGCAUUCUUAUUUCCUACUCCGCCUGUAGAGCAGAAGAUGGACGGCCAUCAGAUGAGCAUUUCAAAACCCAUCCGUCUUCUUAUCCCCGUUCUUUUUAUUCUUUCCCCUUGUCCCGUUUUCUCUUUUCUCCGGCUGUCCUGCCUUCUCAUCUUCAACCUCUGCUUGUCUGCCUCUGUCAGUUUUUUUCUUCUUCUGUGUUUCUCUUCAUCACAUGGAGGGCUUGAGCAAUGACACGGGCCUUGUAUAAAACCAUGAUGCUUCUGAAUGCUUUGUAUGGCGCCUCUAUGCAUCACUGAUGGUCUUUAUUAGUGUUUCUUUGACCUUUCUUCUAACAUUGUAAAACGUUAAACCUCAAUGAAAAAAAACAAAAAACAGAUGUUUUAAUUUUGCUGUCUGAGCCACAUGGGGGGUUAAAGCACAAUCUGUCCCUGUCAUCUGUUUAACCGCGGUGAGAGUCAAUGAGCUGGUCUCAUUGUUCAGAUCAAUCUCAGUCCAUUACAGCCUCAUCCAAUCAGCACUCGAGUGACUCCGAGUUAUCCUACCUCCCUUCCUUGCUUUGUCCGACUUUCUCACUUCCCUUCCUUUCUUCCCUCUGCCCUUGUUUCCUGAUGAAAAAUGCAAUCAGAGGAAUGCAUUUGAGGGGAUGAAACUCUCUCUUUACAGUUUGUCAGGAGGAGGCAAAGAAAGGAGGGGAAGAAACAAGGAAUUGAUGAACUGAGGAAGUGCGUGAUUGAGUAUGUAAUGAGGGAAAUCAAGGAAGUGAUUAGUGACUGAAGCCCCUCCUGUCUAAGCUGUGACAUCCUCUUAAACAUGUGAUUGGUCCCUCUGGUGUGGUUGCAUUAUGACAUUAUCACCUCCUCACCGAUGUUUGUGCAAAGCUAAUAGUCAUGUGUAUCAGAAAUUAUAGCCUGCUGUUUAACACUUUCAUGUUGAUGUAUAUUUUUACAUCUCUUUCUAGAAAUCUGUGGUCUAUUUCUUGAGAUGAAAGAUGUUUUAAAAGAAUUGCUGUAUUAAAAAGAAUACAUCCUUUGUUUUGACUUUUGAUAUGCCACUCAAAAGAUCUUGUUAGAGAAAUAUAAUGAAAGGUGUUUUACUGUUCUGUAUUGUUCUACACACAUUUUGGUAUUCACAGGACACAUGAACUGUCUGCUUACUCAUUUUUAAGAAUAAAUAUUAUAAAGGAACU